AUGGCGCUGGUUCCGCAUGAGGCAAAAGGCUUUUCAAAGUCCACCUUGUAUGAUGGGCUGAAGCUGGUCAUGGUUUCAGUCAGCCAAGAGGAGGAGGAGGAAGUUCAAAUGGAUCCCGAAAAAGGGCCUUUGGUUAUGCAGCUUGACGGCAGCAUGACACAUCUGCAGACAAUCCGUGGUAUCGCAGGUGGCGGUCAGGUCAGUGAGAAGCUUUGGCCGCAGAUGACGGCCACGGAGCAGACAUGUGCGCUCUACAUUUGCGCAAAGAAGAACCGGUAUGUCAAGGAGCGGCUUGAGAAUCAAAACCAGUGA